AGCAUAGCCACUCCUCACACUCCGCACUAACAAUAUUUCCAGUUUGCCAUGGAGCUCUUCCCUCUGCAAUCUUUCCUCCUCCUCAUUCUCCUUAUCUCCCUCUCCCUCUACCUCUACCUCCAUUUUUUCGAUUCUUCGAAUAAGCACAAACACACUGGCUUCAAAAGCUACCCAAUUCUCGGAGCCCUACCGGGAUUCCUAAAAAAUCGACACCGGUUCCUUGACUGGACAACUGAAAUCCUUACCAGCUGCCCCACCAGCACCGGAAUCGUCAACCGCCCGAUACAAAUCCGCGGUGUCAUAACUGCCAACCCUGCCAACAUCGAGCAUAUGCUGAAAACCAACUUCGAGAACUACCCGAAAGGCAAAAGGUUCAUAUCCCUUAUCGAAGACUUUCUCGGUGACGGAAUUUUCAACUCCGACGGCGAGCUCUGGAAGGUCCAAAGGAAGACUGCCAGCUAUGCCUUCAACACGAAAUCGCUCCGGAACUUCGUUAUGGAAAACGUUAGGGUUGAGAUUGAGUCGAGGUUAAUUCCGUCCCUGGACAUAGCCGCCGAAACAGGACGCCGUUUAGACUUACAAGAUGUUUUGGAACGCUUUUCUUUCGACAAUGUUUGCAAGUUAGCCUUUAAUGUAGACCCGAAUUGUCUCGGAAGCGGUGGUGGUGGAAAAUCUGAGUCCACGGAUUUCGAUUCCAAUCUCAAUCCGGAUCAGUUCAUGCAUGCAUUUGAAGAAGCAACCACACUUAUCUCUGGGAGAUUUUUCUAUGCAUUUCAAUUUAUGCUAAAGAUUAAGAAGUUUUUCAACUUUGGAUCAGAGUGGAGGUUAAAACAAUCAAUCUCGACCGUCCAUAGCUUCGCAUGUAAGAUUAUAAAGUCGAGAAUUAGCGACGAACAGUUGGAGGAUCAUCAGGAUUUGUUGUCCUUGUUUAUUGGUAUUCCCGAAAACACCAACUCGUCAAAUUUUCUUAGAGACAUCGUGAUAAGCAUCAUUCUCGCCGGCCGAGACUCAACAUCAUCGGCUCUGACGUGGUUUUUCUGGCUUCUGUCGUCCAGACCUCAUGUCGAGCGUGCCAUUUUAAAUGAGCUCGAAAUGAUUAGGGUCCAAAACGGGAAAAGUAUCGGUGAUAUUUAUGAUUUGGACGAGCUCCGAGACAUGCACUAUUUGUACGCGGCAAUUUCAGAGGCGAUGCGGCUGUACCCUCCCGUACCGAUCGACACGAGGGAGUGUCUAAACGAUGAUGUCUUGCCGGACGGGACAGCCGUGGCGAAGGGGUGGUUAGUGACGUACCAUGCUUACGCGAUGGGGCGGAUGGAAAGGAUAUGGGGGACUAAUUGUCGCGAGUAUUUGCCGGAACGGUGGCUGACCGAGGACGGCACAUGUCGACAUGAAAGUGUUUUCCGGUAUCCAAUAUUUCAUGCUGGGCCAAGGAUAUGUCUGGGGAAGGAUUUGGCCUAUAUUCAGAUGAAGUCGAUUGUAGCAUCGGUGAUGGAGAGGUUUGUGAUCGACAUACAGGAUAGGGAUACUUGUCCUGAGUAUCUGUUGUCUUUGACUCUCAGGAUGAAAGGUGGACUGCCCGUGAGUGUGAGGAGGAGGAGAUUUGUAGCUGAUGACCAGUGAUUAUGUGAUGUUGUUUGAUUGGACAAUCUUAAUAAGAUCCUAAUUAUUCUAAAUUUCAUAUAUCAUUCUUAAAUAUGCAAAAUUGUUGUGA